AUGGUUGAAUUCGACGACAGAAACGCUGGCCUGCCAACUGCUGCUGCUUUUACUUACCCAAACCAGCCUAUUCUCAACAUCCAUGCGAGACAGUACGGCUUCAUCCGCGGUAAACCAGGGGCAACGUUCAACAGAUUGUUCCAUACAGGGUUUUACGUGCCAGGAAAGGGCGUGGUGAAAGAUGUCUUCAACAGACCGCUCUCAGUUGCAGAGAAAGUCACCCUCCGAGCUGCUCCGUACCAAAGCAAGGUCGCUCGGGAUGCGGUUGAUGCUCUCCAUGCCGUGGAGAAGGAACGGGCGAAGCAAGCUUAUUUCGAUGAGCUCGACGCCAAUAAUCUUUUCCCGCGUAGGGGCAGGACCAUUGCCUUACCCAGAUCGGUUGCAUCCCAGACGAACUCAGACGGCUCAGCCACCAUCUUCCACCAGCCGGCAUGGGUGCGAACUCAGCAGAACCAAUUUGUGGGGGAUGUGACCAGCAACGUCCAGCGAGGCGGCGAUUCGCAUCUGCCAGAGAAGGGCAACAGCAAUGCAGGAAAGCCCAUCCUUGGAAUCAAUCCCGUUGUGACGAAACGCGAUGAUGGCGAGAGUCUGACCGACGAAAUUGGGCGACUGGGAAAGGUGUCGGGAAUCACUUUCGGAACUCAGACCAGUCCCGUCCUGUCUCCCCCCAAACAUGCAGUUCGCGAUAUGCGUUCGGUGGCGUCGGAAACCAACAUGCCUGACAUUGGCAGAACCACAUUGGACCUCAUAUUCGCAAACGGCGGCCGCUUCCAGACGUUCAUGGACCAGCUGCGUUUCGGGAACGAGACGCUUCAGCAGCAGCUUCGGGGGCAGGAAGCCCAGCUGGGUAACAUAUCAGCUGCCACUAUGUCCACAUUCAAGAACAUCCUCGUUUCCAUGGGCUUCCAGGAAAGUAGCCUUCCUGCGACGAUCAGUCCAGACGAGAUGUUGCGUCUCGUGAAGCAGGUUGAGACAAUUUCUCCGGUAGCAAUCACCGAGAUAGCAGCUAUGCGAACCCUUAUAGAGACUUUGAAGAAGCAGAGAACGCAGGAGGUUGCCGAUAUGGGAACGCAGUACUCACCUCCUUCCACACCGGCAGCUGCCUCCAGUCGUCCCGUUCCUCCACCUAUCCAGACCCAGUGGCAACCGAGGGGGUCACCGACUCCAUCCCUUCCAUCCGUCGAUUCUAUCUUUGGUCAAAGCAGCCUGAAUUCAUCCCCAGAGCGGUAUGGGCAUAGCAGCGGGAGGUCUACACGACCUAUGUCUAUCUCUCCGGACGUAGCACCCCAGUUCUCUCCCGAACCCCAGCCUUCUGCUCCUGGUCCUAGCAGCUUGAAACGAACCGCAGAUCCAACCCAGACGGAAAUAUUCGGCCCUGAAUAUACGGUGGAGGCCGACCAAGACACUCCGGUUGUCCCCUUACAAAAGGCAGCUAAAGGCAAAGGAAAGGCACCGGCCGUAAGAUCAUCCAAGAGAGAAGCUGCAGCACCUGAGAAGUUGUCUGACGACGCUGGAUUCAAACAGACCUCGACUCGGAAAGGGAAAGGGAAGGCUAAGUAA